UGGAAUCACAGCGCCACGGUCGUAUUGUUUUGUAAUUCUGUCAGCGACACCACAAUACAGGACGCACACACGUGCACAAGACGCAGCAGAAUCAACUCACGCAUCGUGCACAAAGCACACACGCAGCCAGCAUCCCAGAGUACACAAAGCACAAAACACACACUCACCCCUCACUCACACACACACACACACACAAAACACACACACACACACAUACACACACACAUACACACACAGCUUGCCUUCAUUUCAUCAUGGAAGGGGGAGCAGAGGUGGAGCAGUCUCGGCAGGAGCUGCUGGACUACAUGCGCCGAGUGGAGGAACGACUUGACGCUACCGCGCUGCUUGAAGCCAGACAACAACAGCAAUAUCAGGGUCAGGAUGAUGAUGACAUGGCCAACGAUCCCGCGCUGGCCAUGGCCUUUGAGGACCAGGAAGACAAACAGGUCUUCCUCAGCAACGUGCUGGAGGAGCUCAAGGACAGCCUGUACCGCGUGUCCUGCGAUCUGCGCGGCAGCCGCGUCCUGGAGAAGAUGAUCAACCACCUCUCCAUGACCAGCACCGCCACCAUCCUGGAGAGCAUCCAGCCCUUCAUGCAGGACGCCGUGUACCACCGCUACUCCAGCCACGUCCUGCAGGCCCUCAUCGACAAGGCGCAGCGCAUCGACGAGGCCAAGCAGAGCGGCGACGAGCACCCGCACGCCCUCGUCCCGCACAUCGUCAACCUAGCCAACACCGUCAUCGAGCACGUCGACAGCCUGGUCGCAGACACCUACGCCAGCCAUGUCGUCCGCUCCUUGCUCUUUGCCACAGCGGGCAUGCCCAGCGAGAACGACCUCCUGCGCUCCUUCACAUCGGCCUCCUAUCGCAAGGCGUUCAACACAGACGGGGGCCGGCACCGCGGUGGCAGUGUCGCGCGCGGCCGCGGUCGUGGUCGUGGUCGGCAGUUCCACACAAACAAGCACGGCCAUGCCUACUUGCCAAACCAGAGCAGCAGCAGCAGCCACAGCAGCAGUGCCCAGCACAUGCAGCACACGGCGACGCCUUCCAGCGUGCCCGAGGAGCUGGCGGAGGUGCGCCAGAAGCUGCUGAACGCCCUCAGAGACAGCCCACAGGCGCGCACGUGGAUCACAGACUCGCUGGCGGGGCCUGUGCUGCAGUCUGCCAUGGACGUGGUCACGGUGACCGCGGGCAAGCCGGCGUGCUCGGCGUUCUGCCGCGGCCUCCUGGGCACGUACCUCACAGAGACGGCCCGUGAGGAAGUGAACGAGAAGGCGGCCCUGCGACUGCCGCUGCUGCUCAAGGACAAGGCGGCGAGCCACCUGCUGGAGAAGGUGAUUAAGGACUGCACCACCGACGUGGUGCACGACAUCUACGUCAAGGGCGUGCGCAACCAGGCGGUGGACAUGGCCGUGCACCCGGUGACCAACUUUGUGGUGCAGCGCCUGCUGCAGCACAUGAGCGGCGACGACUGCGCCCUGCUCAACCAGGAGCUCAUGCCGCACAUUGAGGACAUUCUCGCAGAGCAGCGCUCCUCGGUCGUGGUGGAGAUGCUGCGUGCCGCCGCCCGCCACGCCAGGGGCCAGCGCAAGCUGUUCAAGGCCAUGCUCACGGCGUUCCACAUCCCGCAGGCGGAGCUGGUGCAGUGCCUGCCGCUCUUCCUCUCCCUCACCACGCUUGACCACUACAAAGAGCUGCUGAGCAGCGGCGAGUACAGCGCAGACGACAUUGCAUGCAACGCCGUCGGCUCCCAGGUGGUGCAGGCCCUGCUCGACUUUGAGCCCGAGGAGAUCACAGUCGUGCUUGCAGGCUUCCUGCGCCUCACCGCGGACCAGCUUGUAAAGCUGAGUUGCAAGAGGUUUGGCAGCUUUGCCAUGCAGAAGUUCUUCUCCUCAGCGAGCGUGGGCGCCAAACAGAAGGCCAAGGUGGCGCGCGUGCUGAGCAAACACGACACGGCCAUCAGCGCAAUGGCGUGUCACUCUGCCGGGUCGCACGUGAUUGACAGCAUGUGGGCGGCGAUUGACGUCAACCUCAAGGAGGCCGUGGCGGGCAGGCUGCUUGCUGCAGAGGCCAAGUUGAAGGAAUCCCCGCAGGGGCGCACUGUCAUGCGAAACUGCCGCCUGGCGCACUUCAAGUGGAAGAAGCAAGAGUGGAUGCAGAAGCAAGAGGCAAACGCACGCAAGGCGAAGAUGUUCAAGGACAUUAUUGGCCAUGAGGAGGAGGAGCAAGAAGAGCAGGCCGCCACAGCCGCCAAGGACGCAGCAGCAGAGCCCAAGCACGAAAUUGACGAGAUGUUUGACGCAAAGGACGAGCCGAAGAGGAAGAAGAAGCACAAGGACAAGAAACAGGCGAAGAAGCAAGCUGACGACAGCGGCGCUGAUGAUGGUGACGAUGAUGGUGAUGGGGAUGUUGGUGAUGGUGCGGAGAUUAGCGCGGCGGCGUCUGCGAAGAAGAGGAAGAAGAACAAGUCGAAGCAGUUCAAGGACCUGGCGUUCAUCUCGGACGCGCUGACGGCGGGGAAGAAGAAGAAAAAGAAGGGGAAGAAGAACAAGAACAAGGAACACGAUGCUGGUGAUGAUGAGAACGAUGCACACGCAGAGGUGAAGCAAAGGAAGAACAAGAAGAAGAACGACAACGAGGAGGGCGAGGGCAGUGGUGGUGAUGAUGAUGAUGCUGGUGAUGCUGGUGAUGGUGAGCCGAGGAGCAAGAAGAGCAAAACUGGAGAUGCUGACAGCGAGGAGAAGACAGCCAGCAAGAAGAAGACGAAGAAGAAGAAGAGCAAGAAGGGGAAGAAGGGCGAAUAGAAGAGACGAGAAGCGGUGUGGGUGGGUGGGAACAGGAGAUGGCUGUCAACCCACAUGUGUGCGUGUGUGUGCGUGUGUUGAGUCCCAUGCGGCGCUUGUGUGUGCGUGCGUGUGCGUGUUGUUGCUGUUGUUUAUUUGAAACAAUAAAGACAUGACGC